CUCGAUUACGUCAUGGCCUCCUGUGAAAUUGUGGUGCUCAUGCAGGAAAAAACAAAAAACAGCAUUGAGAACUCUCUUUAAAAAGCCACCAUAUUUACACAACCCUUAAAUAAUUAAUUAACAUUUUCUAAUAAUUUCUUCAUUGUGUCGUGAUUCUUCGGUCGCGCGAAAGAAGAAAAUGGGGUCGAGAGAGAGCAAAAAGGAAGCCCUUGACAAGAAGCUCGAAAAACUUAGGAUCGUCACGAAUUCUACCGCUGUCAACAAAGCAUCUAUAGUGGUGGAUGCAUCGAGGUAUAUCGAGGAAUUGAAGGUAAAAGUCGAACAACUUAAUCAAGAUGUAGCGGCCUUAGAGACCACUUCAAGCUUGUCAUCUACGGUGAAAGUGAAAACCCUAGAAAAAGGGUUUCUAAUAGACGUGUUUUCAGAGCGAAACUGCCCAGGUAUGCUUCGGUCAAUCUUGGAAGCUUUUGAUGAAGUCGGGCUUGAAGUGUUCGAUGCUAGGGUUUCGUGUACCGAUAAUUUUCAUCUUGAGGCUGUUAGUGAUCAGAAUGAAGGGCUGCCGGAAAGCAUUGAUGCCCAGGUGGUCAAACAAGCUGUGUUGCAAGCUAUUAGGAACUGUAGUGAUGAUCAGGAUUAAUUAAUUAGUUAAUUAAUCUCUUAUUCUCAAUUUGCUCUUUUCCUUUUUCAACUAUGCUUUAAUUAAUUGUACGCCUCAAAAAUAUUUUAGUUACCUGAAAAAAUAAUUGAAGGGAAAAAGAAGUCCUUAAUGGGCACAUAUUACCAGUUAAUAUUGGAUCAUAAUUGAUGACUGUCAUUUCAUAUAGGUUGCUUCAUGCCUGCACUUUUUCCCAGCUUGGCCCAUGUAGUUCAUAUCAUCCAACUGGCCCAAUUCAAGCAAUUGUGAUGAAUUUUGUAUAGAAGCUUAUGAAAGUCACAAACCCAACUUUAAG